GCAGCCCCGCCCGCCGCCCAGUCGCCGGUCUGCGGCCUCUGGACGGAUCAAGCGUCGGCCGGCAGCAAAGCGUAGCUGACCAAGGUGGGUGGGGGGGGCCCAGCCUACUUCGCACGAGAAGAAAGGAGGGGCGACUCUGCAGGCCCCCAGAAUUUCCCAGCCCCCUGCAGCCUGCUUCGGCCGGCGAGGGAGAAGCUGAGGAGCCCGAGACUCUCCGGUGCUGCCGCCAUGGCUGCCAUGAUGGAUCGGAAGUGAGCCUUGGGGCUCCAGGGCUGCCGGCGCUUCGAGUCCCAGCUCGCGGGCCGCUCCUGCCCCGGGAAGCACGGCGUGACAAGCUGCUGCCUCUCGGUUCUCGCGACCCUCCGACGCUCAACUCCGGCUGCUUCCUCCGAGACUAAGCAGCGGGGAGUGGCUCCCGGCCUCCGGCCCCUGCUGCGAGAAAGAUGGCGGACCCGGCCGAGUGCAACAUCAAAGUGAUGUGUCGCUUCCGACCUCUCAACGAGUCCGAGGUGAACCGCGGCGAUAAGUACGUCGCCAAGUUUCAGGGAGAAGACACGGUCAUGAUCGCGUCCAAGCCUUAUGCAUUUGAUCGUGUGUUCCAGUCAAGCACAUCUCAAGAGCAAGUGUACAAUGACUGUGCAAAAAAGAUUGUUAAAGAUGUACUUGAGGGAUACAAUGGAACAAUAUUUGCAUAUGGACAAACAUCCUCUGGGAAGACACACACAAUGGAGGGAAAACUUCAUGAUCCAGAAGGCAUGGGAAUUAUUCCAAGAAUAGUACAAGAUAUUUUUAACUAUAUUUACUCCAUGGAUGAGAAUUUGGAAUUUCAUAUUAAGGUUUCAUAUUUUGAAAUAUAUUUGGAUAAGAUAAGGGACCUGCUAGAUGUUUCAAAGACCAACCUUUCAGUUCAUGAAGACAAAAACCGAGUUCCCUAUGUAAAGGGGUGCACAGAACGUUUUGUAUGUAGUCCUGAUGAAGUUAUGGAUACCAUAGAUGAAGGCAAAUCCAAUAGACAUGUAGCAGUUACAAAUAUGAAUGAACAUAGCUCUAGGAGUCACAGUAUAUUUCUUAUUAAUGUAAAACAAGAAAACACACAAACGGAACAAAAACUGAGUGGAAAACUUUAUCUGGUUGAUUUAGCUGGUAGUGAAAAGGUUAGUAAAACUGGAGCUGAAGGUGCUGUGCUGGAUGAAGCUAAGAACAUCAACAAGUCACUUUCUGCUCUUGGAAAUGUCAUUUCUGCUUUGGCUGAGGGUAGUACAUAUGUUCCAUAUCGAGAUAGUAAAAUGACAAGAAUUCUUCAAGAUUCCUUAGGUGGUAACUGUAGAACCACUAUUGUAAUUUGCUGCUCUCCAUCAUCAUACAACGAGUCUGAAACAAAAUCUACACUCCUAUUUGGUCAAAGGGCCAAAACAAUUAAGAACACAGUUUGUGUCAAUGUGGAGUUAACUGCAGAACAGUGGAAAAAGAAGUAUGAAAAGGAAAAAGAAAAAAAUAAGACCCUAAGGAACACCAUUCAGUGGCUUGAAAAUGAGCUUAACCGAUGGCGUAAUGGGGAGACAGUGCCUAUUGAUGAACAGUUUGAUAAAGAAAAAGCGAACUUGGAAGCUUUCACAGUGGAUAAAGACAUUACUAUUACCAAUGAUAAACCAGCAGCCACAAUUGGAGUUACUGGAAGUUUUACUGAUGCUGAAAGAAGAAAGUGUGAAGAAGAAAUUGCUAAAUUGUACAAACAGCUUGAUGACAAGGAUGAAGAGAUUAACCAACAGAGCCAGCUGGUAGAGAAACUGAAGACACAAAUGUUGGAUCAGGAAGAGCUUCUUGCAUCUACCAGAAGGGAUCAAGACAAUAUGCAAGCUGAACUGAAUCGCCUUCAAGCAGAAAAUGAUGCCUCUAAAGAAGAAGUAAAAGAAGUUUUACAGGCCUUAGAGGAACUUGCUGUUAAUUAUGAUCAGAAGUCUCAGGAAGUUGAAGACAAAACCAAGGAAUAUGAAUUGCUUAGUGAUGAAUUGAAUCAGAAAUCGGCAACUCUAGCAAGUAUAGAUGCUGAGCUUCAGAAACUCAAGGAAAUGACCAACCACCAGAAGAAGCGAGCAGCUGAGAUGAUGGCAUCUUUACUAAAAGACCUUGCAGAAAUAGGCAUCGCCGUGGGAAAUAAUGAUGUGAAGCAACCUGAGGGGACCGGCAUGAUAGAUGAAGAGUUCACUGUUGCGAGACUCUACAUUAGCAAAAUGAAGUCAGAAGUAAAAACAAUGGUGAAACGCUGCAAGCAGUUGGAAAGCACACAAACAGAGAGCAACAAAAAAAUGGAAGAGAAUGAAAAGGAGCUGGCAGCGUGCCAGCUGCGAAUCUCUCAACAUGAAGCCAAAAUCAAGUCAUUGACUGAAUACCUUCAAAAUGUGGAACAAAAGAAGAGACAGCUAGAGGAAUCUGUUGAUUCCCUCAGUGAAGAACUAGUCCAGCUUCGAGCACAAGAGAAAGUCCAUGAGAUGGAAAAAGAGCACUUAAAUAAGGUUCAGACUGCAAAUGAAGUUAAGCAAGCUGUUGAACAACAGAUCCAGAGUCACAGAGAAACUCAUCAAAAACAAAUCAGUAGUUUGAGAGAUGAAGUUGAAGCAAAGGAAAAACUUAUAACUGAUCUUCAAGACCAAAACCAGAAAAUGAUGUUAGAACAGGAACGACUAAGAGUAGAACAUGAGAAAUUGAAAGCUACAGAUCAAGAAAAAAGCAAAAAACUACAUGAACUUACGGUUAUGCAAGAUAGACGAGAACAAGCAAGACAAGACUUAAAGGGUUUGGAAGAGACAGUGGCAAAAGAACUUCAGACUUUGCACAAUCUGCGCAAGCUCUUUGUUCAGGACCUGGCUACCAGAGUUAAAAAGAGUGCUGAGAUUGAUUCUGAUGACACUGGAGGUAGUGCUGCACAAAAGCAAAAAAUCUCCUUUCUUGAAAAUAAUCUUGAGCAACUCACUAAGGUGCACAAACAGUUGGUACGUGAUAAUGCAGAUCUUCGCUGUGAACUUCCUAAAUUAGAGAAGCGACUUAGAGCAACAGCAGAGAGAGUGAAAGCUUUGGAGUCAGCACUAAAAGAAGCCAAAGAAAAUGCAUCUCGUGAUCGCAAACGCUAUCAGCAAGAAGUUGAUCGUAUAAAGGAAGCAGUCAGGUCAAAGAAUAUGGCCAGAAGAGGGCAUUCUGCACAGAUUGCUAAACCUAUUCGUCCUGGACAACAUCCAGCAGCUUCUCCAACUCAUCCAAGUGCAAUUCGUGGAGGAGGCGCUUUUGUUCAGAAUAGCCAGCCAGUGGCACUGCGAGGCGGAGGAGGCAAACAGGUGUAAGCACGCAACAAGCCCACAGGCAACAAGCCUACAGAUGUUGAAAAAUAAUUCAAGUAUGAAGAAGACAUAGUAUCAAAUAGUCAUUCAGUGACUAUAACCUCUGCGCUCUUGGAAUUGUAGAAUUACAACUUUUUUAAAAACAAAAACUGUAUAAAUUACGUCUGGCCUGUACAGCUAUUCCUACUCAAUCUUGUAAACUCUGCUGCUUCCCAACACAACUAGAGUGCAAUUUUGGCGUCUUAGGAGGAAAAAAACGACAGUUUACAGCUGUGGCCCUAUUUAUUACACAGUUUGUCUUUCAUGUCUUAAAUUUAGUCUUCACUGUGCCAAGCUAACUGUUCUUAUAGGGCUGUGCUUUUUGUUAUUUCCUUUUUUGUGUGUAUGUUUAUUUUUAAAUCUCAAUUUAAAUUCCCUAGUUGCUAUUACUUGUUUUUCUUUUCCUAUUAAAAUGGCUUUUCCUUUUUUAGGGAAAAUGGAACAUUUAGGUUAAACGUCUUAAAUUUUAGCACUCAGAACAACACUACAUGCCCCACAAAAUAUGUCAGGUCAGUACUGUAUCUUUAAAAUUCCUUGAUGUGAAAUCAGGGUUAAAAUUACUUGUAUCAACUCUGAAGCUUAUUUGUAAAACCGUUUGAGCACUGAAACCUAAAAACUGCCUAACUGGGCAGUGAGGAAUGAGCAAAGCCACUUGAUUGUUGUCUCAUGAGAUGCAUGAGAUGCUCGUUGCGGAGUUAUUUUGAAUGGAAAUAUUUUCUAUAUUGAAAGUAAAUCUCAGUUUUAGAGAGUUUGGUAAAGGAAUUGUAUCACUUCUUCUGUACUUCACAUAGCUUCAUGGAAUGAAAAUACCAUGUUUCAUUCUGGUGAGCCUGCUAGCUGAUAGAAAAAUUGGGCAGAUACUAAUUUGUCAUCUUUAAUACAGUGAAUGAAUUAAGAUAUUAUAGAAUUAGACGUAAUUUUAUAUUACUAGAUCAUUGCAUUGACUGAUCUAAAUUUAAAGCCUAUGAAAAUUGAGAAAAAAUGCAAAGCAACAGAUCAGAUACAACAUAAAGGUCAAAAUACGCAGGUAAAUUUUGGUCUGAAAUCUCUGAGGUGUUUUUAACCUGCUACAAUGUCAAUCAUACGUUAAAUUUAUUUCUUGUUUAGUCUAGAAUAUUAUAUUGUUGGCUGUAGUCCAUAAUUCUGUAAUUAGUACUGUGUACCAAUUUUUGCCACAUCUUCAGAUGAUUAAACUAUGUUAACAGUUUCUUUUAGGGAACUAUAAAAGUAGUAGGGAAAGAAAUUUCAAUAUUUCUUCAUCGGGGUGGGGUGACUGUAACUAGGUUAGCAGAAGUUCACAGAAAAUCGGUAUUUAAGGUUACUCAGUAAAGAAACUUGGAAAGUUCUGUGUUAGGAUCUGGCUGGCAGAAUUAAGCCUUUUGAAAAAGUUUUAUAUACAGAUAUUUGUAUUAAAUUUGGAGCCAUAGUCAGAAGACUCAGAUUAUAAUUGGCUUAUUUUUCUAUUUCCUUAACUGUAAUUUCCACUUUUGUAAUAAUUUUGAUUUGAAAGAUGAAUUUACUUAUUUAUUUUUUUAACAGUCAAAGAUCGUUGCUGUUGUAGUCUGCAGUCUUUAAAAUGAUUGUGUUGCUUUUAGGAUUGAUCAAAACAAACACUCCAAAAGCUGAGGUGAAUUCUUGAUUGACAGCAAGAUAUAAGCAGUACGGUUAACAAAGUGCUAUGUCCUCUUUAUGAUGAUAGUUUUCUAAAUGAGGAGAUAUUUGGCUGCAUUCUUAUAGACAUUUAUAUUUUAUUUUCACAUGAAAACUUCUUUUCAAUAUUGAUUAAGGAAACAUUUUUUUUUCCUCUUUUGUCUGAAUAUGGUAGUUUGAUUCUUUUAAGAUGUAUCAUGGGUAUUGGUGCUGUGUAACAGACAAUGAAUUGUAACUAGCAUAUGGUUCAGAAUACACAAUGUUAGGUUUUCAAAAUAUGUUAAUGGUUCUUUUCUAUUUAUAAUUUCAAACUUUCAUAAAGUAUGUCAGAAAUUUCAUAAAUUUGUUUUCAGUGAACUCUGCUAUGAUAAGUCAUUAAAGACAACAUUUAGUCUUAUAAAUGGAACUUUCUGAUCAUCUAGAAUAUUGACACUUUCAGUUUACAAUGUCUCUUUUUUUCUUUGGACUGGAGAUAUAUAUAUAUAUAUGUAUAUACUUUUAUAUACAUAUAUAUAUAGAUAGAUAGAUAGAUAGAUAAAUGUUCCUCUGAAUGGUAUUGGUAAAUGGUUCAGAAGAGAAACUCAUUGAAAUAAAAGUAAUAUUUAUUCAUGAUGAUCAAUUAAAUUAUUUGCAUAAUUUAAGAAAACUAACUACUGUGCAUAACUCUCAUUUGUGUGUAACUCAAUUUGACAUGAUGUGACAGAAGAGAGUCUGAGUCUACCGUGUGGAAUAUGUUGGUUUAUUUUCAGUGCUUGAAGAUACAUUAAAAGGUAAUUGGUUCAGGAAGACGCCAUAUAAUUUUAAGUUAGCCUGCAUGCUGUAAAUGUGUUUUGUGUUUAAAUAAAGAGGAAAAUUUUUUGAAAUGUAAUGACUUUCUUGAAACUCAUUUGAUUUUGUUGAUUUUACAGACUCAGUGGUCUGUCCCGAUAGAAUAGCAACUAAUGGAUCAUUAUAUUCAUACGUAUUUUGUUUCUUGAUGUGUUGUAGCUUUUGAACAGAGGAUAUUAAAUGUGUAGGCUGAAAAAUUAAGAGCUAGAAAUGAAUUAUCAAUCUCACGUUAUUUGUAUAGUCUACAUUCUGUUCAUCUGAGUCUGUUUUACCAACAAGUAAAAGAAUAGUGUUAAAAUUCAUUUUUCAAAUUCUUACUUAAUAAUCAUUCAGGUUUAGAUGGAGGAUAACCAAAAAAAGAACAAAGAGUCCCUAAAUUCAACUGGUGAAUGGUUUGCUGUAUUUUGUUAUACAUCUUUUUAAAUUAUUGUGGUAAUUUUUAGUCAUAUAUAAAAAUUGAAUAAAUAAUAAAGCCCCAAGUA